AUGCAAGAAAAAUUAAUGAGAAAAGAAUUAAAUGAAAUGAAUUUACGCAUUGAAGAAAAUGAAAGAUAUAAAAUUGAGCUCAUUCGACGAAAGGAAAAAGCUGACAAAAGCGCCUUAUACUGGCAAAAUCGAAUUGCGCAAAAACAAUCAAAUAAUGCUACUACGAAUAAUAGUAAUAAUUGUAAUAAUGAUAAUAGUAAUAAUGGUGAUAAUAGUAAUAAUAAUAGUAAUAAUAAUCGUGAUAAUAGCAAUUAUAAUAGUAAUAACAAUCAUGAUAAUAGUAAUAAUAGUGAUGAUAGUAAUAAUAAUCAUGAUAAUAGUGAUAAUAGUAAUAAUAAUAGUAAUAACAAUCAUGAUAAUAGUGAUAAUAGUAAUAAUAAUAGUAAUAACAAUCAUAAUAAUCGUGAUAAUAGCAAUAAUAAUGGUAAUAACAAUCAUGAUAAUAGUGAUAAUAAUUUGCUUACACAAUCAAAGGUAUAA